AUCUUCAACUUAAAAGGCUAAAAAUAAGAAUAUUAUUCGCCACUAUCGCCUUGCACUCACUACUGUGUAGGGCGCGUGUUCGUCGAAAAGAGCUCCAUGCAAUAAGCGACGAGAGGUGAGGGAUCGGAUGGAUGAACUGCUAGUGAAUGCUUUGAUUGACAUGGCACUGGCGUCGUGGGAGAGGCCGCGAAAGGAUUCCGCUGUGCGUGAGUGUAAGAGUGACCUGAGAUCAUAUACAUGUUGGCGCUACAUGGAAAAAAAAGCUAUCACAGCGUGCGCAAAGGCCAGAUCCGACUGAGCACUCCAAGAUUUUUAUUUGACAGAGAAGCUGAAGAAUGUCGUAUACAGUGAGUCCAAUACUGGAGUUUGUUAGCUGUAAGUUCUGCACAAGUGAUGCAGUUGUCUUAACAGUGUCGAGGAA